AUGGAGCAGAUUGCGACAUCCUACGGCAUCGGUACGUCUACAGUAUCUGGAAUCAUUCAGGACGCUCUCGCCGCGUUCCGAGCCCUACUGCCUGUAGUGUGCCAGUUCCCGACAGAAGAAGAACUUCGUCAAACCAUGGCAGAUUUCGAGCACUUGUGUCAUAUGCCAGGCUGUGGUGGUGCGUUGGACGGAACGUUUAUGAAGAUCCUGAAGCCAGUACGGCAUGGCGAUUCAUAUUAUUGCUACAAGCAGUACCCAGCCAUUGUCGUUUUGCUUUGCGUGGAUGCCAGGGGCAUUAUAACGUACAUCAAUGCUGGGCGACCCGGGUCAAUGGGCGAUGCCUACACGUGGAACACAUCAUCCCUGCUCCGGGAGAUAUCGAACGGUGCUCUCUUGCCCGAAGCAGCUUCCGUGGGUGUCGGAAACAAUCAGGUCCGGCCGUAUAUUGUAGCGGAUGCAGCGUUUGCAUUGUCAGAGACACUGCUGAAAUGCUAUGACACAAAUCAAGGCACACCUGAGCAGCGGAGCUUCAAUUUUGCUGUGAUCAGAACACGCCGUGUUGUGGAGAAUGCAAUAGGUCGUCUCAAGGGUAGGUGGAGUAUUCUCACUCACAAUUUCAUCCGCGAUCCUUCCCUAGCCACUGAGGUCGCCCUUGUUGCUGCAGCUCUUCACAAUGUGUGUGAACGAUGCAGUUGCCCCUUUGAGGAUAGUUGGAUUCCCCAGUCGGCACUUCAGGAUCGUGUAGUACCUCCAGUAGAUAAUAACCAGGAUAGAUUUGCUCAGCCUGCGGACGACGUUCGUCGUAUACUCUCCGAGUACGUGCACCAAUUUGUUCAAGCAGAGUGA